GAUGUGACAAAAAUUUAGAUUGAAUUUCCCAUCUAUUCUAUCCUUCGUUGAUGGUAUCGCUGUGACAGUGAAACAUAAAUAAUACUGUUUUGUGAAACAUUAUUCUGUAAUUAUAUGUACUGUGUGCUUAUAUGAAUUCGAAGUUGACACACAAUGUUUAAAGAAUGUAGAACAGUAUUCAUAACAUUGCAAUUUUAGGACUGUUAAUAGAUUUAUGCACAACAGCAUACGAUUUUACAGAGUACAGGGAUUCAUUACAUACAGUAGUUGUAAACAAUACGACCAAACAUGUCAACUUUAGAAGAUAAGAUUCUGGGAGAAAAGUUGCAAUAUUAUUGUAGUUCCAGUGAAGAUGAAGGAAAUGAUUCGAGUGAUUCCGAGAAAGAAUCAGAUAAUGAAAAGUAUCACCCAACAAUCACAGAGUCUGUGGAACCAUCAUUCUCAGAAUGGGAUGGAACUUCUAGUAAUACAGGACCAAAGGGUGUUUUAAAAGAUUGGCAACGAUAUAAACAAUUAGAAGCUGAAAAGAGACAAGAACAAGAGAAAGAAAGACUGCAAUUAAUGAAGAAACUAAGUUUGACUUGCCGGAGUUCUUUAGAUGAAGAUAAGGAAAAGGUUCUGCAGAAUGAUCCUGAUCUUGCUGAAUUAUUAGCUGAUGAAUUUCUUUUGGAAUAUCAGAGACAAAGAAUGAGAGAGAUGCUUGCACAAGCAGAGAAGCUUCGUUUUGGUAGAGUUAUUAAUUUAGAAACAGCAGAUCAAUUUCUAGAAGCAGUUGAUGGUGAAAACAAGUCUGUAACUGUUGUUUUGCAUAUUUAUGAAAAUAAUGUCUCAGGCUGUGAAGCUAUGAAUGGAUGUUUAAUAUCUGUUGCGGAAGAUUAUCCUUUUGUAAAGUUUUGUAAAAUAUUAGGAUCUGCAGCUGGUCUUAGUAAACAUUUUAAAAGAGAGGGUGUCCCAGCUUUGUUAGUUUAUAAAGCAGGUCAGGUAAUAGGAAAUUUUAUUCAUGUAACAGACUACUUAGGAGAAGAUUUUUAUGCAUCCGAUGUUGAAACCUUUUUAAUAGAACAUGGCAUGCUGACUGACAAAAACUGUGUACCUGCCAUUAUCUCAAAAAACGAGGAUACAUUAUCAGAUAGUGAAUAAAUAAAAUGGAUAAAUCUUUUCUAUAAUUUUUACUAUUAUCUUCCUAGUACAUUUUAUAUUAAUUCAUUAUACAAAGUAUUAAUACACUCAUUUAUCAUAUUUCUUAUAUCUAUCAGUAUUCGAUAACAACAAUAAAUAAUGAUAUACUUUAAAAUAAUAUAAUUUUGUUCCUAAAAAAGAAUUAACUUUAUAAUCAAACAAAGAAUAUAAGCUUAUAAUUUUUCUAAUAUUUGUCUCUUCUUCUCAAUAGCUUUACAGAACUGUAAGUAAGUUUUUAAAAUAUUACUAUAUUCUGUAUUUUGCAAAUUUUCAUAUUGUUUCUUUAAAUUUUCCUUUUCCUCGAUCUUAUUCAUUGUUGCAAAUAAUUUUUCAUCUAUGAUUGCAUUUAAUAUUUUGUAAGCAUCAAUAGUCUCUGGAAUCUCCUUAUACAUUCUCAUGAUGCAGGAUAAUUUUGUAAUUUUUGCUUGUACUUCUGCAACUUCAGCUUGUAGCAACAUGUAUUCUGCUUUUUCGAAAUAAAUACGAUUGACAUCUUUAUACUUAAGACUGUUCCAAUUAUUAAAUAGAAUUCGACAUU